AUGCUUUCGUUAUUUACAAUAUAUUGGAUUAUUGACAUCAUAGAUGCACAAGUUUAUUAUGAAUAUCGGGUAGAAAUCAUUGUUCAAACUGCAUUGCUUAUUUUGGCUAGUGGAAUAUGUCUAAUGAAUGUUUUCUCAUUGACAUGUUGUUGCUGUUCAAAUGUUUCAACCGUAUCAAAAGACACAAUUACUCACCAAAAUAAUUUGAGAACUCAUUCGAAAAAUGCACAACAAUUACCAACUCAAAUUACUAAUGUCACAGAUCCUUUACAACUACAUUCUUACCCCCAAGGAUAUCAAGUAAACCAAGGUUAUGAUCAGAAUUAUAGUCAACCUAAUAACUUCCCACCACCUUAUAGUUAA